AUGUCGACAAGUUCCACUUCUAAUGAACCAUCCUCCUCCUCAUCAAAGUACAGCCAGCCAGCACCUAUAAUUAUAACAAUAGUUUUCCUUGUUGCGGUCAUUGGUUUUUUCACAGCAUACUUAUGUAGGUAUUUCCUGAAAAAUGUUCUUGCUAUCUGGAAUUAUGGGCGUAACCCUUCAGCUGCUACAGCUGCUACAGAAGGUGGUGCAGAUAUGAGUGAUGGUCUUGAUCCUGAAUUAAUACAAGCUUUCCCUACAUUUUAUUAUUCCAGUGUCAAAGACUUUUGUCCCCAAAAGUAUAGUCUAGAAUGCGCUAUUUGCUUGGCAGAGUUUAGUGACGGUGACAUGCUUCGAUUUUUAACUAUUUGUUGCCAUGUUUUCCACCAAGAAUGCAUUGAUCAUUGGCUUGAAUCACAUAAAACAUGCCCAGUUUGUCGUCAAGAGUUAGAUGUGACUAGUAAAUCAAUAGUAAAUGUAAGUUCACUACAAGAUUCUGUUUGCAUUGAAGUUUCAGAAGAUAUAAAUAACAAAGUUGAUGGUGUAGAAGAUGCACAAUGCUCUUUGAAUUCGAAAGAACAACAUGAUAAAAAACAUGAGAGCAUAGAAAGAUAUUUAAGGUCACAUUCAACGGGACAUUCCAUAACCAUAGAAGAAGAGGAGAAUAAACAUACAUUGAGACUGCCUGACAAUGUAAGAAUAAAGAUUGUAAGGCGACAUAAAUCUGAAGGAAGUUAUAUUGCUUUUGGUGAAUUUACAAGCUGCGAGGAGACAUAG